AUGAAACCAUAUGUCUCCAGAGUUAAUUACUACUCAGGGAAUUUACCCAUUUAUGGGCUCUCCUAUGGUGCAUCAGAGGGUGGGCAUCUCGCCAUUUGCAGGCAGCCCACAACCGCAACCACAACACUCUUCACCUUUCUGCCAACCACAGCCUUCUUUGAGUUCAUCCCAUUGACAAAGCUUGAAAGCUUUGCUAAUGAUAUAUUCGUCCCAGCUGUAGACUCUCAUAACAAGGUGGCCAAGACUCUGGAAUUGGGCGAUCUUCAAGUGGGUCAUGUUUACCAGCCCGUUGUUACUACUUUUCAAGGUCUUUACAGGUAUCAGUUGGGGGAUGUGGUCAGAAUGAUUGGAUUCAAUGGAGGCAGCCCAGAAUUCGAAUUCGUGCAACGGAACAACAUAUUGUUGUCAGUGAAUAGCGACAAGACGGAUGAAGGAGAGCUACAAAAUGUGAUGGAGAAAGCAUCGGCAUUUGUGAAAGGAGAGGGUGGAGUGGAGGUGGUGGAGUACACAAGCUGUGUUGAUCACUCUUGUAGCCCUGGACAUUAUGUUAUCUUUGUGGAAAUUGAAGGCCCUCUGAAUCAAAAUGAUGAAAAAAUGGCAAGCAUAAUGCAAGAAUGCUGUUGCAUGUUGGAUGCAUCCUUUAAUCAUGCUUACAAGAAAGGCCGAAAGGCCGGCAGAAUUGGCGCCUUAGAGCUUGGGGUUGUGGAGAAAGGGAGCUUCCAGAAGGUGAUGCAACAUCGUCUAGAGAAAGGGUCAAUAAGCAUGAGCCAGUACAAGCCUCCCCGAUCCAUUGUGCACAAUUCGCCUUUGUACAAAGUCUUACAAAGCGAAUUAGUGGCAACAUACAGAAGCACCCUCACCACCUGGGACAUCUAUCAAGAAUCUAACUGA